AAGAGAUAGGCGAAGAAGUGUUUGGUUGUUGGGGGCAAAACGGAAUUUGGUGGAUCGAGCGUCGCGGUAUCGAGUCAGCCGUGUCCUCGUUCGAACACGAUUCACGGAAUCGCCUUCGGCCGAUCCUCGCGAUACAGUGUGGAUAGACUCGCCUGCAGAAGCCAUGAGUUAUCAAAUGUCUUCGAAUCAGUCCCGACCAAUGUCGCAUGGGACCUAUCAGGGACCGGGCGAUCUGCCCAUGGUUUCUGCCAAGGAGCAGACUUUGAUGUGGCAGCAAAACUCAUACAUGGUUGACUCUGGAAUUCAUUCCGGUGCCGUCACCCAGGCACCAUCCUUGUCUGGCAAGGAGGAUGACGAAAUGGAAGGUGAUCAGUUAAUGUUCGAUUUGGAUCAGGGAUUCGCUCAGGGUUUCACUCAGGAUCAAGUUGACGAAAUGAAUCAACAACUGAGCCAUACAAGAUCUCAACGUGUACGUGCUGCCAUGUUUCCAGAAACAUUGGAAGAAGGUAUCGAAAUUCCCUCUACUCAGUUUGAUCCAGCACAAUCCACCGCUGUGCAGAGACUGGCAGAGCCGAGUCAGAUGUUAAAACACGCGGUUGUCAAUUUGAUAAAUUAUCAAGAUGACGCUGAUUUAGCUACACGCGCUAUACCUGAGUUAAUUAAACUGUUGAAUGACGAGGAUCAGGUUGUCGUGUCUCAAGCGGCUAUAAUGGUUCACCAACUUUCCAAAAAAGAAGCGUCUCGUCACGCCAUUAUGAACAGUUCUCAAAUGGUAGACGCGUUGGUUCAUGCCAUUUCGAAUAGCAACGAUCUAGAGUCGACAAAAGCAGCGGUGGGCACGUUACACAAUUUAUCGCAGCAUAGUCAAGGUUUGCUGGCCAUAUUCAAAAGCGGUGGUAUACCAGCCCUCGUUAAACUUUUAAGCUCUCCGAUGGAGUCUGUGCUCUUUUACGCCAUAACGACCCUUCACAAUUUAUUGCUGCAUCAGGAUGGGUCGAAAACAACCGUGCGUUUAGCCGGAGGUUUGCAGAAAAUGGUUGCGUUACUUCAACGAAACAACGAAAAAUUUUUAGCUGUAGUGACCGAUUGUCUGCAAAUUUUGGCAUACGGUAAUCAGGAAAGCAAGUUGAUUAUAUUAGCUUCUCAAGGGCCGAUAGAGCUGGUACGCAUUAUGCGUUCGUACGUUUACGAGAAGCUUCUGUGGACGACCUCGAGAGUCUUGAAGGUAUUGUCCGUUUGCCCUAGCAAUAAACCGGCAAUAGUAGAUGCGGGUGGCAUGCAAGCGCUCUCGAUGCAUCUCGGCAAUCCGAGUCAGAGACUCGUACAGAAUUGUUUGUGGACGCUACGAAAUUUGUCCGAUGCUGGCACAAAAGUUGACGGAUUGGAAGUAUUACUGCAAAGUCUUGUACAGGUGCUCAGUUCUACCGAUGUCAAUGUAAUUACGUGUGCUGCCGGAAUCUUGUCGAAUCUUACGUGCAACAAUCAACGCAAUAAAGUAACGGUAUGUCAAGUGGGGGGCAUCGAUGCACUGGUGCGUACGAUCAUUUACGCGGAUAAUCGAGAAGAGAUCAGCGAACCAGCGGUAUGCGCGCUUCGUCAUUUAACCUCGCGCCACGGAGAAGCUGAAACGGCGCAGAAUUCUAUCCGCUUAAAUUAUGGAAUCCAAGUCAUAGUGAAACUGUUACAUCCACCCUCGCGUUGGCCACUGGUUAAAGCGGUGAUUGGAUUGAUUCGUAACUUGGCGCUCUGCCCUGCAAAUCACGGGCCGCUUCGUGACCACGGAGCGAUUCAUCACCUCGUGCGACUCCUGAUGCGUGCUUUCCCCGAGACGCAAAGGCAGCAACGGUCGUCCGUUGCGAGCACCGGUAGCCGGCAGGCAUCAGGCGCAUUUAUGGACGGUGGUGUACGCAUGGAGGAAAUAGUAGAGGGUACCGUAGGAGCGCUUCAUAUUCUCGCAAGAGAAUCGCACAAUAGGGUGAUCAUCAGAUCGCAGAACGUGAUUCCGAUUUUCGUGCAGCUGCUGUUUAACGAGAUCGAGAAUAUUCAGCGCGUAGCAGCCGGAGUACUUUGUGAACUUGCCGCAGACAAAGAGGGUGCCGAGAUGAUUGAACAAGAAGGUGCCACUGCUCCUUUGACGGAGCUACUUCAUUCGAGGAACGAAGGUGUUGCCACCUACGCAGCAGCCGUUCUGUUCCGCAUGAGCGAGGACAAACCACAGGAAUACAAGAAGCGACUUUCCAUGGAACUCACCAACUCUCUGUUCCGCGAGGACACAAAUCUGUGGAACAAUGGUGAUUUCGCGAUGCCACCAGACCUACAGGACAUGCUUGGCCCUGAUCAAGGCUAUGACGGUAUGUAUGGACAAGGACCCCCUAGCGUACACAGCAGCAGCCACGGAGGUCGAGGGUAUCAGCCGCAAGGUUAUGGUCAGAUACCAGUAGAUUCCAUGCAAGGGUUGGAAAUAGGUGGAGGGUCGACGUAUGGCGCGAUGGACACUAUGGACGUAGCGCACGAGGGUGACCUGAGUUUCGAUCAUUUAGAAGAGCUUCCUGCACCGCCGCAAGAUAACAAUCAGGUCGCAGCCUGGUACGACACCGAUCUCUGAAACCGUGCCAGCAGCAAUCCUCCUCGGAGAAACGGACUAGUGAGGCUCUUAAGUAAUUUUAAUACAGACUAAAUAGCAUCGUCGUUUUACUCUCACCCUGUAUCGAUCGAGAUCGAAAGAAUUUUGACGGAACAACUGUGGAACGACGAGUUCCUAUGCGCGAACGAUCAUCGCAGAAACACUACCAUGGCACAUACACACAAGUAUACACGCGUUACACACAGAAGGAGAGGAUGAGAAAAAAAAGAACUGUAGCUUGUUUUUACACGAAAGAGACAGGGUACGAAAUCGUUUUAUGCGAUCAUUGCAGUAUCGAGAAUGACUGCUUUGAAUCCUAGAUAUAUGAAGUGGAGAUCUCGGUUUCACGUGUAUCUAAAUACACGUGUACACGUGUAAUUACUGUACUUGCGUUUCAGUCCGUGUAGUUUGUAAUACACGGGUAUAUGUAUAGUGAAAUACAUGGGUACACGGUUAGGGAAAUACACGGAUACGAGCCAUUCUACGUCAAAACGCAGGGGGAAUUGCAGUUAUAGUCACCCAACUUUUUUUUUUUCCAAAUUUUGCAGCAUUUCCAUCGCGUUCCCAAGAAUUAAUCAAAUUUAGGUAGUGUAAAAUGUACAUAUACCUUCCUACAUGUUACGAUAGGUGAUAAAACUACAAAUUGCCGGGAUAGUCAAAUGAAAUGCUUAGAGUUUUCCUUGGGAAAACGAUACAAUUGCUGCAAAAUUUGAAAAAAAAAAAGUGGAAGACUAUGACCGCAAUUUCCCAUGAUUUUUGACGUGCGAUGACUCGUACCCG